AUGGAGGAAGUGCUGAAGAAACUGGAGGCUAUGCAGGCAGAAUUAACGGACCUGAGAAAGUCAGCCGAUGCGAGACAACCAUAUUACACCAGAGCGGGAGCACCAGGCCGAAAUCGUCGUGAUGCAAAUGCUCAAGUCAUUUGUUACUAUUGUGGUAAGCCUGGACACUUUCAGAGGGACUGCAUCGUGAAACGGCGGGAUGAAGAGAGAGCAGAUGGACAGCGGUAUCCUGCAACUGCACCACCCGAUAGGCAGCGGUACCCUCCAAAUGCACCACCCGAUAGGCAGCGGUAUCCUUCAAAUGGACCACCACCCCCUUCCAAUUACCCAGGACGACAGGAUGGACCGCCCCGACCAGCAAAUCAACAAUAG